CGUGGCCGUGUCGGCGGCUUUGCUGCUGAGCGUCAGCACAGGAUCGAGAAGGAAAAGCUCCAGAAGGAGGUUGAUGACCUCAAGCGAACGUACCUUUCACCAGUUCCAUAUUAUUUCUAUUUCAUCAAUUUUUUCCAUGCUUACGGCCGUGAAGGUGAAGAUGAAGCGGAUAGCACAUUAAGUACUUAUCCAUUUGUUUAGCAGCAGGUCCAUGUCCUCGUCUUACUCUAACUCUUAAGAUGGAGAAAUAGAAUUAGAAAGUUGGACUUCUAGAUAGAAGUGCUCUGCUACUGCUUAUAUUUCAAGGUCAAUUUUCACUACAGCAUCGAGCGCCUCGAGGAACGUCAGGCGUCAGCGGUUGGUGAUGAUGAGGUGUGGCUGCAGAAGUUGGACGAAAAUACGCGAUAUUGUUAUGCUCACUUAGAAGUAGAACACCAAAUGCGUAAGCAAAUGGUCUUACCCGAAACGUCAUGACGCUGUCGCUGAGUGGCGCCAUUAUUUUUUAGCCUCUAGAAUCCGAAUCUAACUAGGAGGACGUAGUCAAGAGACAGCUUGAGCAAGAUGAUCGGUUGUAACGCCAUGACAGAUAUGACGUAAUAGCUGGACUGCGUAAGAUGCUACAGUGAUGACAUCUCUAAUGUUCGGAGCAAAAGGUAGAUGAAGUUCGAAAAACAUACACCGACAAAUUCGCGCAGCUUGAAGCGGACUUGAACCAGCGCGAGGUGGACCAGAAAAACCAGGAGGACGAAUUUACAGGUUCCCGGCAGCA